AUGCUGUGGGCGUUGGCUCUGGUGCCAUUGUGUUACUGUGGUCCUCACAUCACCACACCAUUCCAAAACUACACAAGGUUCACUGGCUCUUCAGCAGGAUACAACAUCGCCUCAGAAAUUCUUACAAAAUCUAUCAAUGUUUCGGUGGAUCCAUGCGACGAUUUUUUUGCGUUUGCUUGUGGCAACUGGAUAGCUAAUCAUCCAAUUCCCAAGCACAAAGCCAUUUACCAUCAAUUUGCAAUGCUCUCCGAUAGAGUGCAAGAACAAAUGAGAGGUAAGGUCAAAAGUAUAGUAUCUCGAAUCCUUUUUAUAGAUCUUGGAAAAGUUCCGCUCUAUUCUUUCUUAUGGUAACA